CGUCCACGGUCACUUGCAAAAAUUACUUGAUGGUAUAAAGGUUCUGCCGCAUCCGGCUUACAGUGCCGACCUUGCUCCUUCUGAUUAUGGCUUGUUUCGUUCAAUGGUGCACUUUUUCCGAGGACGACGAUUUGAAACUUUUGAUCAAGUCGAAGCAGCGUGCCGUGAAUUCUUUGAGUCCAAGGCGCCACACUGGUAUCGAGAUCAGAUUCGACAACUUACAGAACGCUGA